CAGACCAACACAGGGGAAUAAAGAAGGAGAAGAAACUGUCUGAUGAAGACGGCUGAUCUUCACACCUCUGUCGCUCUCUCUCUCUGUCUCUCACUCUCUCUCUCCCCUCCAGUUUGCCAGUUGUUCCUCUGCAUCGCUCACCCCUCUCUGUGUGCUCGUCUGCCCGUGUCCCUUCCUGAGGAGAGAGAGAGAUGGGUUUCUGUAAUGCGAAGGACCUGCAGCCCACCGACCGCAGCUGCUGUUUACCUCCCGGCAUCAUGGGAGCUGGAGUCUCUUAGGUGGUGCAGGAGGACAGCUGGACAGAUGAGGAUUGUGGGUCGGCAGAGUUCAGAGAUUCUCACGUUUCCCCCCCCUCCAUCUCUCUGUUCCUCUGCUCCAUCUCCCUCCUGGCUCGUACCUGUCUGAGGAAAAGCCAGCAUGGGUUGUCGUCUCACCCGAACCAAGGCCAAGACUCGUGAACCUGCUCGUCACCGACACCGGGAGCAGCUGCACUUCGUGGACGAGUAUGGCCAGCCAAUCACUGUGCAGGUGGAGGAUAAACGGGGGCGGGGCCACAGGAGGCGGCGGCCUCGCUGUGCAAUCGAGUGCAGCACCCCAACAGAAAGACACUGGGAGGCGCUGAGGGCCAUGGGGCUGAUGGAGGGAGAGGAAGGCCAGGGAGACGGCUACGGUGCAGGGCCUUAUUAUGGACACAUGACGGUGUCACCUGACCUGUACCCUGCAAGCAGUCACAUGAUGAUGUCACCUGACGUCUAUCCACCUAAUGGGUAUCUACCCACGUCAUCAGGCGACCAACACCUAGGUAACAACUACCUGCCCAGUGUCUCCUACAGCCUGGACCACCUGGACCGACUGGAGUACCAGGGUCAAGAGAUGAUGCCCUGUCAGCCAAAUUCGGAGAGCUGUCUGAUUGGUUGCUACAGCUCAGAAGAGGUGGAGCCUAAGAAUUUCCCCAGACAGUCUGACUAUCUCCCUCCCUGGAGGUCUGAACAUCCUCUCGGCUACCUUCCUCUCAGUGAGCUAGACAGUGGGUUAGGCUGUGGCCCGGACAGCCCCCACCACCGAGUGGCUCUCUCGGAGGCUGAGACGGAUGCUAUGUCGUCACUGCCAGGCCACACCCCUUCCUCCCAAGGCUCCUCCUCCUCCUCCGAGUCCCUGAUCUCCUCUGAGCCCAGUGACUCUGGUUUCCACAGCGUCAGCACUGGGGAGCACAGACGGCUGCACAAGAUUCACGGAAGCCACGCUAAUCGCCAGGCUCACCACAUCCGCACAGGUCACUCCCCUCGAGAGCAGAGAGGACGCUGGGAUCUGGAGUCCAUCCCUGAGACUACGCCGAUGACCCACGGGGGAGCACCGCAGGCAUCCCGCUGCUCUGUGGGCAACAGCACAACCACAGUGGUUCACUUCCACAGAGCUGAGAGGAGUCCCACGUUACCCCGUCACUGUUCACCGCCGUCAUCUUCCAGCGGUUGUCGUACUGAACCUUGCCAGAGGAGGGCGCUGUGGUUGGAGCAGCAGCAGCAGAUGGGGCAAGGGAGGACGUUUGAAGCUCCAGGGAGGAGUCGGACGAUAACGGACUUGAGUGAAGGUCAUCAUCGCCGCAGGGCGAGUCACCCCAACGUGACAGAUCCAGACGCUCACGGAAAUACACACCAGAAGAGCCAUCCAGGAACAACCAGCAGUGCCAUGGGGCCGAGGAGCAGGGCCAGCUAUCCCAGUAACUGUCAGCCCACCAGCCACCUCAGCAUAGACAGGCCCGGCAUGACCAGUCACCAGAACGCGCUGAGAACCAGCCAGAGCUCCAACCGGAGUAGAGAGGAGGAUUCCCUCUCUAAGAGUCCAGGAUCUGGCUCCAGCGGGGUGUCAGACUGGCGGGGCUUUCAAACUCUCGGGAGUCAUGGUGAGAAACCAAAAAGUCCCUGUAUUCCUCACUACAGCACACUUGGAGCCCCGCAACAUAGUUCUCGAUCUCCACCUUCUCCCCGCUCCAGGCUAUCCAAUCAGAAAUCGGUUAGGAAUCAGCUGCUUAAAGCCCGAGCUUACAGACUGGCUCGGGAACGCAGUGAGGUCACGACUGAUGAGGAAAUACGAGGAGAGGGGACAAGAGAAGGGGAGGAGGAAGGGGAGGAUGGUCGAUUGGCGGGGCGGUACUGGAGUCGGACUGAAAGAAGACGCCAUUUGGCACUUUCACGGCAACAUAGAGAAAGACGGGGAGUGGAGGAGCUGAUGGGAGGAUGCCAGGGGGCGCUGUCAUCUCACAGUCAGACAGUCCUGGAGCUGAGCCACAUGAAGCAGAAUCGUCUGAGGAACAGCAAACUGCUCGAUGAUUGGACGACGGUGGAGGAGCUGCUGACGCAUGGGACGCGAGUGGAGAGCGAUAGCCAGCUGUGUCCCAGCCCUCUGCUGUCAGUUACCACCGUCUGAUGAGACUCAACCCAAACCCCACACCUGCCACCAACCCCGACCCAGCCCAGAUUCAUUCAAGGUGUGUAUGCUGAAAACAGCCUCCAGCACAAUGACUACCAACUAAAGGACGUAAUCAGGACCUUCUUGUGGGCAUAAACCGCUUAAAUUGUGGCAAUGACAUGAAAGUCUGUCCCUCCAUUACACAGAACAUCAGACAUGUUCCCAUCAGCUGGUUUGGAGUGAACAAACCAGUCUCCCACUGUGGCGCUGAUAACUGUGCACCCAAAAUGAAACGGCCGUAUCCUGUCACGAUGCCGGGUGAAUCCACCAACUCCGUGGAAAGAUCAGGUUCAGAUGUCUGGACCCAGGCAAGUCCACUUUUCAAAGGAAAACCUGAGCUAUAAUUUCCAUCCAUCCAUCCAUUUUCUGCGGUCUGAUGAGACAUCUGACAGCCACCUCCUCUACCUCCAGCGGGGGAUAUACCUUGGUUUUCCCAAACCAAAUCCUAAAAGCAUCUCCUGAGUCUGGCCAGGGCCUCCUUCCAAUGGGACAUGCCUGAAAACACCUCACCGGGAAGAGCGUUGAGUCGGUUGAGAAAAACUCUUUAACGAACGAAUGAAUGAACGAAGUGAGAUGAAUCAGUUACCCAACGAUCGGUUCAUUUCACGGUUGUGAACAAGCCAAUGAUUACGCUUGAGAAAUUUGCAACUUCUAACUGCCCAUCGUUUCAAACUUUCUCCAUAAAAACAAAAUGAAAUUGUUAGGCUGACCCACAUAUACGCGAUUGAUACGGUCACUGAUUCAUUCACUGAUCGUUCUGGUUCAUAGUGAACUUGAGGCCCUAAUGAUAAUCAGCAGCUGCAUUUGAAUCAGGCUGUGGACUAGUUAAAAAUAAAGAACAAAAUUUCCAACAUUCAACUGGAAAACUAAAAAAAAAAAGGCGUGUGGUGUGUUUAUGCAGGUCAAACAACUGCUGCAUGCUGGGAAUCGUGAGCAGGUCAGCCGAGUUUCAGUUUAGUGAGAUGUACAGUCAGAGGAAUCCCAAACCCUUUCUAGCGCUCCAUCCUUAAAGUCCAGCCACGCAUUGAAGAAAGCUAAUUUUAGCAGUUUGUGUUCACUGCCUCCUUCUUCCAGUCACUGCUUACGGGUCGAGGCUGGAGGAGGAGCAUAAAUCCCAGCUGCCCCGGUGUGCCUGCAAAUAUCCCUCUCCAUCACUGUUUAACUGGACUCCCCUUAAUGAAUCUGGACCUCAGCUGGGCCACGUACCGUCACACACGGACUGAUUAGAUCGUGGAUCCGACUCGGAAGUGUGAUUCUACAAUAAAAACGGCGGGGGGCUGAAGAAUCUGUCCAGCGCUCAAAGGGAAAGACAUUUUCAGGUGUAGUGAGAAGAAAUCUUGAACCUUGGAGAGACUUUCAGCGGAGCUGAGUUUAAUCCAAUGCUUCUGCGUGAAAAUCUCCAUAGCGGAGACUUUCAGCACGUUUGUAAAAGAACUCCCCAGAGCUGCGAGAUGCUGUUGGAGAUCCUCCAUGCGACGCGUCACACUUUACAAGGUGGCCUUGUGGAAAAGUCUGCAUCUCCUCUGAUUGACUGCCUUUGUUUAAGUGUUUGUGCCAUAAAAUGUCAGUCGCCUCAAUGAAACUAGAGACCUGUGGGCUCCACUCACGUUUUCAAGGACUUCUGCACUUUUACUAUCAAACGGCCUCUUCUUCCUCUGGGAUGCUGUCUCACCACGCUGUUGUCCAUGUUUAGUCGUCACCGUCAGUAGUUUCUCACAAAUGGUUUAACUUUCUGAUCUCUGCACUCAGAUGGUAUAAGUUAAAUGAGCCGCAAGCCAAUCAUGAGACUUAUGUAACCUUCCAGCACUGCAGCAAGGUUUAUCAACCGCGAGAAAUUGUAACUAGAUGUCUAUUAAUGAACAUGUCAAUCAAGCAAAAAAGACAAGUGUUUCCUGGUUUUAGCUUCAUGGAACUGAGAAGUUCCAUGAAGAAGCUUUCUUUAUCUGAUACAGCAAAUUCAACAUUUUUGGACUGUUGGUCAGUUAAACAGAGUCUCAGAGGUAACCAGGGUGACGAGUCCUGUUCCCAAUGGUGGGGAGGACGCAGCUGGUGACUCUGACUGAAAAAGUAAAACUGUUACACUUGUGCUCCAGAAAAGUCAGGUUGGCGAAACAUCGACCUUCUCCUGAACGUAACCAAGUGGUUUUGUGGCCAAAACCUAACCACACCAAACUAUAAUUAGAGGAACAAUAAGAAAGAUGUAAGAAAAUGAUCCCGAAAAAGGAAGUCAUGCCUGAAAGAAUUUCAGUUGUGCUUCUCUACUAGAAACACUUCCUUUCUUUUAUCGUUUUUUAAAGUUCCUCAGAUGAGCAAAGGACUUGCAGAGUGACUUUCCUUAGUUUAGUUUGUUGCUUUAACAACAGCGAGUCAUUUUAACACAUCGUGAGCACCCAUCUAACGUAUUAGCAUCACCAUGAAGAUUAAAAUCAGUAGGAUCAAUCAGUAUUCAGUGUUUUUAAGUAUAAUCAAAUAAUCCAGUGGUUGACACGAUAACGAGGCGGUUCUGCACCUCUGGUUGAAAUCUGUCAUGAAGCACGGUGUAAAAUGAGAGGAAGAAGCUGUGAAACAUCACCUUGCCAUCUUUACUGCUCCGUAGUAGUGGGUGGAUAGAUAAAAUCCAAACGUGACGCGCUAUCCCUACCCAAGACAAAAACCAGACCGACCUACGUAUUUGGGGGGGUUUGCUCGGGUGCUGUAGAAAAGCGUGUCGGGAGCCUGCAGGUGAAGUUGUCAACUCCAAACACGGGAACUUCAGAACUUUAGUGACGAAUAGGAAAGUUCAACGUUACAUUCAUUUGUACACUGUCGUUCAUUUAUUAGACGUCUGGAAACCAGACACAUCCGACGGAGGUUUUUGAGUCCCAGCCGUGGACAGAUGUGGCAGUUGUUAGAAAUACUGUCUCACUGCAUUCCUUAAGCUGUCAACAUAGAAUCGGACCUGUUUUAAAGGAAAAGUCCACAGUUGAAAGGACCGUAUUACUAGACGGUAAUGAGUGUAAACUGUUGGCUGGCACAGCACCAUACUGGAAGUACUGGCCCAAAGUAACGGUUUCAUUAUCUGAUUUUGUUAUUUUUAUAAACAGAUCUACCAUUAUUCUGUGUUGCUCUUAAAGCCAGUACAGGAAGUUGUGCAAUGAUGCGCUACAAGUCCCUAUUUUGAGUCUCCAGGUGAAGACUCAGCAGCCCGUGCACUGUGCUGAGUGAUCUGUCGCGCGUUAGUGUUUCGUUGAUAAGGGGUGUUAUUUUAGGUUGAAAGAUUCCACCAGGAAACAUGUGACGUGCUCAUUAUUAACACUGUGGUUUCCAGCGUGCCAUGAAUGCUCCUAAAAAUAAAACAAGCAAGCCUUUUUAAGCAUUUGAGGAGCCAUCGCUUGAUAAAGCGGGCGGUUCUCAAGUCAACUGCAGCAGCAAACUCGGGAGGUAGUUCAGAAAUGUCAGAAAUUCCCCCAAAACUGCCAGAAACAGAGCAACGAUGGACAAAACUGCAGAGUUGGUCAUCCUGAAUCAGCAGCUCCUGUCAGGCGUGUGUUGUGAUCCGAUUUUCCUGUCAGAUAAAAGACGUGCAGACAAUCAGCUUUACAGCCAUCAUUUGGACCCCUUUUCUUUUCUUGGACAUUUCUCUUGCAAAUACAUGACUUAACCACAAAUCCGUUGUAGGAACCAGCUUCAUUUUUAGUGAGGAAAAGGAUCUGCCCAUCUUCCAGGGGCGGACGCCAUCAUGGUGCAGGUAGAGUUAACGCAUUGCUAUGGUCCAUCAAUGUCUCUAAAAACUGAGUACAGAACUCCCUUCAUGGGCCGGAUGAAAAAACUUGGCGGGCCUGAUUGGGCCUGGGAGGCCUGAGUUGGACACAUCCGGGUCAUCAUGGCAUGAGUUGAUGCUACAGAUGUGAGUUAGGUUUGGAUGGUCAAAUCAACUUGGAAAGUUUGGAAAAACAUAACGAUUCUUUAUUUUUUUAUCAGACCAGACUUCUCCAUGUUGCGAACCCUUUUUUUCCGUCUUACUGUGCGACAGGUCCCGACUCGUGGAAGCAAACCUGCCAGGGAUAUGCAUUAUUUAAGACUCCUAAAUGCACCCUUCAGGAACUUCAGGACAAACCUAAUCACCUUUGUACUUGACCUACAUUUUACUAUGCAACUCAGUUGCACCGUUACAUAACAUGCAGUUAACGACGAUAUGGUGAAAUAACUUUUAUUUAUUUAUUUAUCUAUUGAGAAUCAAAAGGGAAUUGUUUACUUGCACUCACUUAUUCAGAUUUUUUUUACAGAGUUUUAUUUUUUUACCCAGCUUAGUGGAAAGAAAGAACAGACUCAGCCCAAAUCUUCAUAAAUAAAAAUGCACAAAGGCACUUCGAACUCUCAUGACACAAUUCUGAUCACCUAACCUGGAAGAAAACUGUAGUCUUCACAGCUGACCACCUGCGUCAGAUCCCUGACCCUAACCCAACCCUAACCUAACCCAACUUUAACCCUAACCCAACCCUAACACAAAUCAACCAUAACCCAACCCUAACCUAACCCUGACCCACCCGUGAAAUAACAGCUUUGACACGGAUAGAACUCUGUACAUAUUUCAGUUACAAAGAUGUCAGCAGCAAUUCAACCAAAUGAUGGUAUUUUUUUUAAUCUGUAAAUGAGCUUUGAAACUUUUAUUCCUGUGUGUGAAAAUAUCAGCGAUGGCAUUGAGGUAGUUCAGCCCAGAGGGUGGAUCCGUGUCCGAUCGGAUCGUUUCUGAAGAUCAAACAGGUGACAAAUGUCAGAGUUUCUCUGAUCUGGUCACAAGGGCUGCUGUGGUGUGAGAUCUGUGGGGGAAACUAUCUGAGAAAUGUCAAUCAGGGUCAAAUGUUAUGAUGUAAUAAUGUGUCCUGUCAUGAAACUGUGCAAUGCAAUUUGUUAAAUAUAAGAAAAUGUCUCUUUAUUUUCAUAGCUACUACUCAGCUACUGAGGAACUUGGGUCUGCAGACAAACUCCAACAGCCGUCACUGUACCAUGUAAAAGUAUAUUUUAUGAUCACAGUAGUUCUUUAUAUAUUUUGUAUUUAAUCUCGCUUCCAGCAGAUUUCGUCCACGUUUCACCAACGACCUGCGUCUGUCGUUUGUGUGGACUCUGAACUCUGAAGUGCCAAAAUGCAAAAUGAUCAAAACCAGGAUCUGCGGAUGUUGGCAAACCCGAACCUCUGAUACGAGACAAGAACCCGUCUGGACCUGCCGGAGAAGCAUGAGCUGUCGAGAAAAGACUUCUUUAACCUUCAACGGCUUUACGUCUGAUUCCUUCGUCAAAGCGCCAAUAUCAACAUUUAAACAAAAGUGUUCCUUCUUUCUUAAUUAAGUGAAAAACACAAAAACCAAAUGCAUGUGGUUUUUACACACAAACCUCCCGCUUUGUCCAGAGGCCCAAACACGUGAUGGUACUCGCACUUACCUGCAUGUGGGUUUUCUCCACAUCCCCUAGCUGCUCCCACAGUCGGAGAACAUGCACGUGAGGCUGAUCCUGAACCGACUGCGGGAUCAGAAUCAGGAUCAGGAGGAUUCACACCUGCUCUGGAGGCUGCUGUGGCUGAGUCAUGAGCCACCUUAGAAGUGAUCAGGAGAAUCAGCUCCGUCUGGACGUCCGUACCUCCGUCCUGAUCAUUCCCACGCAGAACUGUGAAACUCAGUACAAUCAGGUCGGGAGUAUUUUCACGACUUUGCAGGAUUAGUAAAUAUGGGAUUGAAGGGUAGACUUUAAGCUUUGAUUUAAGAGAUUUUACAAAAAUACACUGGUCACUCCCGUCAAACGGCAACCAUGAUCAAUACCUGAUAUCAGCUCCGGGCCUUCCAUCUGCCUCAUUUGUCUUAGAAAAAUACAAAGGAUGUGUUUUUGUUGAACGUCUUGAAUUAAAGCUGAAGUCAACAACUCGAUCACAUUUGGAUUCUUUCAUUUCAACGUCGUGUAUAAAGAGAGAAUCCUGAAAAUUCUGGAAAUAAAUCAGGUCAACAGUUGCAGAGAAACCUUCAGAACCCCCGACGAGUCUUUUGUCAUCUUAUGUGCAUCCAAACCAUUUAUUACCGUUCAUUGUUUUAUGUGCAGGCGAAUCCUGAAUUUCAGGUUCAGGAGUUGGCCAGGAGGUUUUCCCCUCCGUCAGACUCACAUCUACGUCUUCAUCAAGGACCCUCUCACACUUUACUUCUACGGGUCUGUGCACAUGUUCAUCUGGCACUAAACCUUGGGUUAGUAACUUGUGUACGUGCUCACUGUUUCUGUGCUGCAGCCAGAGAGCAUCAGUUGCAUCAUGUGCAUUAAAAAGCUGACCUUCAUGACAACUGAUGAGCUUAAUGACGUCACAUCCUGGGGAUGUGUGUGGAUGUGUGACCUCCAGUGCUGGUUUUGUGAAGCAGAUGUCUCAUUACCAACCUGCGGUCCGGUCGGCUCUGGAAGAUUCAAGGAUUUGUGAUUUGUGUUUUCAUGUAAUGUAACCGACUCUGAAUCCUGAUGUCUGUGAAACUGGCUGGAGACGGAGACCACGGAAAGAUGCUCGAUGGCUCAUUUCAAUAAAAUGUGCAGGUUGUAACGUUGGAUUAAGUCUGGAUUU